AUGAAGGUGAAGGAGGCAAUCGCGGCUCUGUGUAAAGUGUUGGUUGGGGUAUGGGCAGGAGAUGGGGCGUCUCCUGCUGCUCUCAGCCCGGAGAUAUUCCGUAAGGCCAAGUUCAACCGAAAUGAAGCGACUGCUGAGUUCUGGAAGUUGCUAUAUUGGCUCCUGAAGCUGGUCAAUCAGGACAGGCCCUGUGAGGUCACGGAUUUGGCUGAACAGAUUGACUAUGUGAAGGCUGCAGUUUGCUACUAUGGUUAUGGAUUUAUGGAUUUCUACCAGCUGCCUGCAGACGGCACUCAGGGUAGCCAGGAUCUCCUCCUGGCUUUCUCCUGGCUACUACAGAGAAUCCACCUGUUGGAACAGCUGCUGAAUCUGCAGAGGCUGCACGUGGAAGAUCAUGCAUCACUUUGCACGUGCAGACGGACUAUACCUGUCAGCUCCAUGGAGAGAUUGGAUAUUCAGGAUAGCAGGCACCCAGUGGGAAUGGAUGUGCGAUACCUGCAGUGUUUACAAGGGAAGCUACGGUUCCGCUGGCGAAGUCUUUACAGUGCUCAGCAGGAGAGGUGUUCAGCCCUCUACAAGAUCCAUUUGUACACCAGAGGAUGUGGCAGCAGCCAGAGCUUUGAUCAUUUGUCUGCGACUGAAAUACGUCUGAUUCAAGAUCCCAAACAGUGUACUGAGUUUGUGCAGCACCUGGAGCGUGAGAACAUGCAAUUAGAGGCAUACCUGGAAUGGAAGCAGCUGGAGCCCUUAUACUGGCAGUGGAUGCAAAGUGUACUGUCUGCCAAGUUGCAGGAUACCCAGGACCUGCUGAAUGUAAAUGUUGUAACAGUCACUGGUCGCUCAUUGGGCCAGAGAGGGAAUUGCAGACAACCUGAUAUUUUCAGAGAAACAGACAAACUCUACGGUGAGCUACUGAAGCUUCAUUCGGAGCUGCAGGACCGAAGAAUGGCAAAAGAUGAAAGGAUGAAUGACCAGGAGCGAGGUAUGGGAGAUCCUUUGGGACAACCUGAAGCAGUGUUCCUGACACAGCAUGAUCUGGAACAGAAACUGGCAGAAGUGCAGGCCAGAGUGAACCAUGGGAGAAGACGACACGGCCAUGUCAGACUGGCAUUGAGAGCCAACUCCAAUCCCAUCAGGAUUAAACCUCACUCUGCCCAACAACACAACAGCUCUGGAAGUCUUACAGCAUUAGAAGUGAUCACACAACUAAAAGCUGAAGCAGUCACAUUAAAGAAAGAACUUCAAGAACUGCAGCAACUUUCCAAAGAGGCUCUCGAAGAAAUUUUGGAAAGGCUGGAUGGAGUGAUAUGUCUUCCUCCAAUGCAACGAUGAGACUCUGGGUAUUUAUGGACUGGUUAGUGACAGUAAAAUGACCAAUUGGGCAGGCCUUUGUCAUAUGGGCCAAUCCUGCUUACUGCAGUCAUUCACUUAUUUAUUCUGUACAGUGAGUGACAAGGUUUGUCUAGUGAGAUGUAACAUCCAUGAACAUCUAUCUGAUCUUAGCUGUGAUAUUGAGAAGGUGCUAAGAGGCAGAGAACAAGGUUACACUCUCACACCUCCUAGAGGCCUCCCAUAUAGUGAUAUUGAUGAUGGUCUGAGAGUGGAUUGUCAGCCUGAAUUCUGUUCAGGGGAUAUUGUGGAGCAUGGGAGACCAGAGAGGGGACGACUUGUGCAAUUUUCACUGUUUUAAAAGGUCAGAUCAAGCAUCCAUCAGUUAUGUUGUGAUUUUUAAUUUCUCAUUCGCCCUAAUGCAUUGUUGAGGGAAGGUGUAAUGAUCUGCAUGUUAUCUACUGGGUGAAUGGUCCUGGGUUUCUUUGCCUCCAUUGUGUUAAGAAUAAGAGGAGGCCUUUCAACCUCUCAAGCCUGUCCCACCAUUGAAUUAGAUCUUGGCUGAUUUGUACCUUAACUUCCUUUACUCAGCUUGGUUUGUAAUCUUUAAUACCCUAGGUUGGAAAAUAUCUUUCCAUCUCAGUUUUGAAAUUUUUAAUUGACCCCCAGCCUCAAUGGACUUUGAGGGAGAGAGUUCCAGAAUUCCACUACCUUAAUGUGAAGAACUGCUUCUUGACAUCACUCUGAACACCUUAUCUCUAAUUUAAAUGUUAUGACCCCUCGUUCUGGACUUCUCCCAUCAAAGGAAAUAUUUUUCUCCAUACUGAAACCUUGAAUUAUCUUACAAUAAUACACAUUGGUUAAUUUUAUCUCCCUAAUGGUUCUCAGUACAAUGAAGUAGGUGUGGACUGUAAAGUUUAGUGGGUCCAUAGAAGUUUUGAUACCUAGUUUCCACUAAUUCCUGGAUUGCUCAGGCUACUGAUACGAACAGAUCUGGUUGAUGUGGUUUGGGGUUUAUCCAUCAAUGAAGCAAUAGAGCAGAUAGAAGCUCCUUCCCAAAUCUCCAGUCAGAAAUGUAAGCACAAGCAGAAUCACAUUGCCUGGGUUUAUGGAUUUUGGAUUGCCUGACCCAGGGGUUCCAGAUCAGAAAUGUCCCUCCUUCCCCCAUCCCCGCCUCAAAUACCCUGGCUCCCGUCCCACAACACUGCAGCCCUGUCUCGCCAUACUGCUGGCCACCACUUCGGCAUGGUUUUCAUUCUGAGUCAGUGCUAACUGUCAAAUCUUGAACUUUGUUCUGAUUAUUUUUUCUUUUGUUGAUUCUGUACUUGUUAAAUGUCACUAAUACAAUGAAGAUUCUUGACCAGGUGUCAGGUGAAAAUUAAGAAAUAUACUGUUGAAAAAUAAAUAUAUGUGAUUCAUA